CAAGCUAAAUUUCUUCAUGCCGUCUUUUUGCACGGAGGUGUGAACUCGUAGAUCACACAUGUUCUAAGCCCGAUAAGUUUGCCCCUGGCAUUAUUCGGACAGAAUCGCCAACACUCAUCAAAGCGACUUGCUACACUUCGAAUAUUUGUCUUGUUAUAAUUAGGACGGUGGAUUUUGAAGACGGGGUUUCUAAAAAGCUAAGACAAGUCUGGAAAAGAACUCUAUCCUUUCUUGAUACGACUGGAACUGCCAGAAGAUUUCCGCCGUGUGUGACGGCGUAGCGUUCUUACGCCUUCCGCGUGUCACAUAUCGCUCAGACUGGUGCACUUGUUUAGUAACUUCAGCUGUUAAUUUAGCUUUGAAUAAAGUUAUUAACCUGUCUUUAUUCAGAUAAAAUCGUAGUGAAGUUCAUUAUUUAGUGGAUUAGAUCUUCAUCAUGGCUUUAGCUGUCAAAACAAAACCAGGCAUCACUCACGAUCGCAGCCCUCGAUUGGAUGGUGUUCCAAAACGUUAUGAAGACACAAAACCAGUUCUAGUCCAGAUUCAUGCACAUCAAAAGAUCCUAGACAUUGGACAAGGAAUCCACUCCAAAUGGGAGAACAUUUCACAUCACGAGAAGUCUCAAGCAAUCAUUGAUGCAGAGAAGGAGGUCUGGAAACAGGCAGAGCACGUCAAGAAGAUUGCACUAGAGAAGUGCGAGGCCGACUGCCUGGCCGUCAAGGAACAUGCUGUCAAAGAACUCAAGAUUUCUCAUGAACGAAUGCUUAAGGAGGAGGCUCUACGUGUUGAAGGCGAGAUGACCAAAAUUCAACACCACGAGGUGAAGAGAGAGAAGGAGUCAGGGGAGAAGAUUCUUAGAGAGACGGUGGAGAAAGUAAAGGCAGUCAAAGAUAAUGAAAGGGAAGAGGCUGUAGCCAAGGCUAGGCAAGAAGAGGUCACCAAGGCGAGGCUGGCAGCUGAGGAAAUCUCUGGGGAGACGGCAGAAAGGGAGGCUGCAACCGUCAAGAGGUUAGCGGAGGAGAAGGCACACGCCCUCAAGGUACUCAAAGAGGACAAAACCCAAGAGCGCAUCAGCGCCGUGCUCAGCGCCCAGCAGGAGGAGCGUCGCAUCGCCGCGGCCGAGCUCGCAAAGGUCCGGGAGGCCCACGCCAAGGAGAUUCAGGCGCUGCGCGAAGAGAUCCAACUAUGGCAGGUGAAGGUGGAUGAGACAAGGACGGAGGUGGUGAGGGAGGAGGAGGAGAAGGAGAGAUGGGUCCAGAAGCACGAGGAGCUCAAGGAGUCAUAUCAGGUGUUCAUCAACAAGACCAGAGGAUUCAGACCCGGACAGGCAGAGUUCUUACUCAAAUAACCACCACGUUGGUAUGAUUGUCUAAAAUGAUUGUCAAGAUUGUUUUGAUUCAAGAAAGAACUGAAAGCUUGAGGUGCGAAAAGAGGACCAGAAUGUCUGAGAGUUGGCCCUUUCAGAGGAAAAAGAGUCCUUUGAAUUUUGCAUGCUUAUAUAAUUAUUCCUCAAGUAAAACUUAAAAGCUUCAAUAUGGCAAAUUGAAGAAGUAUAUCGGCUGAUCUGAGAUUGAAUCAAGAGUGAGAUGUGCAAAGAGGGUACAUAGGAUCUAGGUAUGAAUCACCUAUAGUCAUUCCUGAAUGUCACUGAUUCUCAGUUGAAGGAUUUCAUUUUGCCAUUUUCUUUGAUAAUUGAACCAUUAGACACCAAUAGGAUUAUAUAUGCAGGGUUCCACACUAACUUUUUGUUUGCAUAGGGUCUCAAAUGAAAUUUGCAGGGUCAUGUACACACGAACCCCUAUUUUCACAGGCACCUAUAAGUGUAAAACACUGGCUUAAAUCAUGUGCACUUGAAGUCAUUAGAAGAACCCUCGCAUGUUUUGCCUGGUGAAACAAAUAUUCUAGAUCUUUCCAUAUUCAAAAUCAGGAUUAUAACAAUUGAAGUUACUCUCAGGUCUAAGUUUUCUUUUGUUAAACAUGAUCUCAUGAUUUACUGAAUUAGUAGAAUUUGAACUAACUCGGAGAAUUACCGAAGAUGUGACAUGUUGCGAGACAACAUACUGUAACUUUUGCUGCUUUACUGUUCAGCACCUGACAAUAUAUGCACAGUCAUUUUGAAAGGAUUUUCUAGUAGACCAAAAGUUCACAAGACUAAAGAGCAUUUAGCUAGUAAAUGAUAUCUGAGACUGAAAGUAAAACAAAACAGUAAAAUACCCAAUUUUUAUUAGGCCCGUUUUCAUCAGCUUGAGUUUGCCAAAUAACCCGCUUUUUUCAGACUUGGGACAUUAUCCUGAAGCUCAAAAUUGCCUUGUCACCAGACUGAUACGCUCAUCACAAACUAGCUCGAACAGGCGCAAAUUUGCCCACUAUUUCCCAAAUAAUGGGAUAUUAUGGAAACAAGACCAAGAUUUCUCAGGAUGUU